GGUGUUACAGAUACUUUAAAUCCCAACCCCUCCAGCAACCAGCUAGCAAGUUUCAAACAUCCUCUCUCAAACCAGGCAGUGUCUCAUUUUUCACAAUGAACUCCAUCAGUGAAGCAACUACCAAAUUUUGCCUUGACUUCUUCACAAAAGUGAACAAAGAUUUGUCAUCUGAAAAUAUCAUCUUUUCUCCUGCAAGUAUCUCAAUGGCCAUAGGCAUGGUCCUUCUUGGAGCCAAAGGUAAUACUGCCACGCAGAUAGAAAAGGGGCUUCACUUUGUUGAAUUUGCAGAAAAUGAAAAGCCAAGAACAGGAAGCUCCUUGGAAAUAUCAAGAAAUGAUGACAGUUCAGAGAGCAGUUGCAGACCUCCUCUUUCUCCCCAGCUGGAGGUUCUUGACGAUCAGUGUGAUAUUCCUGGAGGGAUUCAUUCCCAGUUCCAUGACAUCAUCUCAGAAAUCAACAAACCCAGCCCUUCUUAUGAGCUAGUUAUUGCCAACAGACUGUAUGGAGAACAGACAUUCCAGUUUCUUCAGAAAUACCUAUCCUGCCUAGAAAAGUUAUACCAGGCUACAUUGAAAUCAGUUGAUUUUCAACAUGCUGUAGAGGAAACCAGAAAGCAGAUAAAUGAGUGGGUUGAAACCUUUACAAAGGGUAAAAUCAAGGACCUCUUUGCCCAGGGUGCACUUUCUGGUGAUACUAAGUUAGUCCUCGUGAAUGCCGUGUACUUCAAAGGUCAAUGGGCAGAAGAAUUUAAGAAAGAAAACACCAAAGAAACACCUUUUCACAUUAACGAGACGACAAGCAAGCCUGUGCAGAUGAUGAACCACAGAGGCGAGUACAAUAUAGCUACAAUAAAGGAGUAUGAUUGCCAGGUGCUUGAACUUCCAUACAAGGGUUGUGAGCUGAGUAUGUAUAUACUGCUGCCAAAAGACCACGCGGGUUUAACAAAGCUGGAGAAGGAACUUACCAAUGAGAAAUUAACAACUUGGAUCAGUGCCAAUUAUAUGAAUAAAGAUGACGUGAAAGUGUCUCUUCCUCAGUUCAAAAUCCAGACAGACAUUUCUCUGAAUGCCUAUUUAGAAGCUUUAGGAAUGACCGACAUGUUUUCCCCGGAAUCAGAUUUGUCUGGAAUAUCAGAAGCUAGUGACCUGUUUCUCAAUGCAGCUGUCCAUAAGGCUUUUAUAGAGGUCAAUGAAGAGGGCACUGUGGCAGCAGCUGCAACUGGAAUUAGCGUAGGUGUAACCUCAAUCAAAACACCUGUAACGUUUUUGGCUGAUCACCCUUUCCUCUUCUUUAUCAGACACCACAACACCCAAUGCAUUCUCUUCUAUGGUAGAGUCUCUUCCCCUGAAUCUAUCUAAUUAACAUGACAUUCUGGACCCCGGAACCAUGAUAUGGAAAAUGCAAUGGAAAUGUUUAUUUUCUUUAUUUUUCUCUUCUCCUUCUACUGUCUCAUGCUAGUGAUUCCAUAGUUCUAGGCAAGUCUGAAAUAAGAGUCAGUGUGGCACUGGUCAUCAAUAUUGUGAAAUAUAUGUCAGGAUACUGUGCAAAAAGUGUAGUGUAUGUUUACUGAAUAUAUGCUUUCAAAGUCUGUUUCUGGCAGGUGGUCACCAACAAAGUAAAGAAAUGGGAAAAGAAAUUUUUGGUCAGACAAGAGAUGCUAAGACAUCUAUUUUGUACAAACUGCCAUUCACAUUCAGUCUCCUAUCACCAGUCUGAACUGAAUGCAAAUGAAGGAUUGUUAAUUCAGAAAGUAAUUAAUAGGAAGAAAACAGCAAAGAGGGAGAACCUUAUCCUGAGGUGCUCUUAAAAGGUUUGUUCUACUAUGUUUGAGGGGAAAAGUAGGCACCCACACAUCCCUCACUUAGGAAGCAAAUGGAUAGCAGGGUUGCUUCAUGAAACUGGGAUCCCAGGCAGGCUUGCGUGGCAUGAGAUAAGCUUCUUUGCCAGGAGGUCAACUGUUAGUUAAGUUUAGCUAGUCUAUAGAAAAAGCUUGCUUUUGCUUCAUAUGUAGCCAUUUUAUUUCAAUAGUCUUGCUUGCUGUUAC